CCCGCUCCUCGGCUGCCAGCCCGCGCUCCCGGUGCCCCGACACCUGGAAAGGACGGGGACGGGGAGGGCUCGCCGGCUUCUGCGAGGCCGCCUCCGCGGAGCCCGAGCAGAGACUCCGGGGACAGCCCGGACACGGCCUCCGGCAGAUGGAGCGGGGCGCGACACCCCCCGGGGCUCGGCACUGCCCACCCCGCCGGUGCCCGGGGCCGCUGGGCGCCAGGCGGCAGCGCGGAGGCCCAGCCCCGGCCGCCGGGCUAAUCAUUAACCGGCCCUCGGCAGCCCCGAGCGGCCGGGCUGCGCACCGCGGCUCCCGCCCUCGCCAGGCACCGGGCGGGAGGCACCGACCCCCGCCCGAUCCACCUCCGCCCCCCGGCACUGCCCGGGCACCGCGGCGGGGGCCGGGGGCCGCGCCGCCAUGGAGGGUGAGGGGAACGAGACCCUCCUCCACCCGUCCUGCGGCGCCAGCGAGCCGCCCUACUCGCAGGAGCUUCUCCAGAGCCUUGACCUACCAGGAAGAUUUCUCUUUGCAAUCUUAACUCUGAUGACGCUAAUUGCCAAUCUGGUGUUUAUAGAGGAAGCAGUCUACAUCUACAGGAAAAUCCCCUCCUCCAAAAGAUCAAUCAUAAUUUGGAUUAAUGCUGCAGCUCCAGUGAUCGCCACUACUUCAUGCAUUGGUAUGUGGAUUCCUCGCUCAACAAUGUUUACAGAUUUCACAGCAGCAAUAUUUUUUGCCAUAGUUAUCCACAAGUUCCUGAUGAUGAUGAUUAAAGAGUGUGGAGGUCAAAAGCUGCUCCUCAGGCGGUUUGAAAACGGUCGCUUCAAGAUCAGCACGGGUCCCUGCUGCUGCUGCUGCCUUUGCCUCCCUCGUGUGCCCAUCACUAGGCGAACUCUCUUUUGGCUGAAGCUGGGCACCUUUCAGUUUGCUUUCCUGCGACCAGUGCUCAUGUUUUUAUCAAUAGUGCUUUGGACUAAUGGAAAUUACAGCCUUUACAAUUUAUCUCCCAAAGGAGCUGCAAUAUGGAUUAGCUGCUUCGUUGGUGUCCUCACCAUUAUUGCUCUGUGGCCAGUUGGAAUCAUGUUUCAACAAGUUAGGACUCUCCUUACCUGUAAGAAGAUCAUCCCAAAGUUUGCUCUUUAUCAGUUUAUUCUCAUUCUAAACCACUUGCAGGCAGCUAUUAUCAACAUCUUGGCCAUGCAAAGAAUCAUUCCCUGUGCUCCACCACUCUCCUCUUCAGCAAGAGGAGCAUAUAUAACCCAGCAGCUUCUCAUCAUGGAAAUGUUUCUGAUAACCCUGAUGUCAAGGGUGGUCUAUCGGAGAAGAUACGAUGACCUAGAGCCUCCGGAGAGUACAGCUGAAGAAGCUGAGGACAACAAGCAGACUCCUAAGAUUAUCCUCAAUGGUGCAGUUAGUGAAGGUGGAUUGCCAAGGAUUUAGAAGCCCUCUGUGCUUCUCUUCUGCAGGAGCUGGAAGCUCAGCUUCAGGAGUUUGUAUAUUCUUGCAUCACAAAUAGCCACUGUCCAUGUCGGAACAACUUCUGACAUAAAUGCCUGUGAGCUGUAGAACUGAAAGGACCACUAGUGGAAAGAUAAGCCUGUUUAUUCUCCAGUGAUAUAUACAUGGCGUGAGUGUGUUCAUACCAUGUAAUUUAGUAAGAUUUCAUACCAUGUACUUUUAUGCUGUUACAGAGCACUUGAUGGUAACCUAA